AUGGAGAAACGCACUCCUCCAACGCUGGAUGCAGCAAACCAUGAGGAUCCCCCUCAGAUACUAACGCCUCCUCCUUACUCCAGUCCGUCGUCUCCUGGAACUGAGGGGCGACAACUCGAGAGUAUCCCGACAGAGGCUUUGAAAGGCAUACCUCGAUAUCCAGGCUUACCAAAACUUGACUACGAGCUCUACUCACCUCCGUUAUUUAAACUUUCAAGUGAUUCCAUCACUUUAUCCUCAAAAGCCGAAUAUUUGUCCUCAAAUGCUGCAGCACUUGUGUCAAUGAUUCGUGCACAGUCGACGGUACCUCCCAAGCCUCAGAUUCACGUUCGCGGUAGUCGUGGUCGCCGAGUUGAUUUUGACAUCAAGCUUAACCUUAUGAAUCUGUUGGUACCUGAUGAUGAGAGGCUACGCAUGGAUUAUAUUCGCUGCGUUGGCGAAGGCGAGUUGGCACAUCGUGGAGGAGUUCGACCAGAUAUCCUUCCGGAAGUUGGGGAUGGGGGACUGGAAGAAUGGUGUCGACGAUUUGUUCAGGACACAGCCACAGUGAAAACCUUCUCUCUGGACCGUGUUGUUGCAAAUCUCGACGUGAACUGGAUAGAGGGCCAACUCCGGAGCCUCAUUGCAACUCUCAAAUAUCGAGGUGCCGUUGAUGUGACUUUCCUCGUCACUCACAGCCGGGUGUUGGUGCAAAGCCCCGACAGGGUGAAUCAGUUCUUCACCAACGUCACAAGUCUCUUUUCAGGUAAGAAUAAAUAUGAGGUGAUCAAGUCUGUGUGGCCAUUCGCAACGACGAAGAAUGGUGAGCCAGGGCGAAGAUGCAUCGUUCAAAGUGAGAAAGAGUGGUGGCGGGAGUGGAGGGACCCUAUUCGAUAUGCCAUCGCGCAGAGGCGGCAAGGCUGGGUCACCGUUGAGGACAAGCUAGAAGCAGUCAUGGAAGGCAAAGGCAAACAGACCGAGUCCGUUGAUUGGGGUCCUGACCAAUAUGGGGCAUAUUGA